UUUUUUUAAAACAACAGAAUUUUAAUAAAAAAAAAGCCGCUCCUUUCUCAUUCUCUCAUUCUCUCUCUUUCUUUCUUUCUUCCUAUAGUUUUUGUUGUUUCUUUAUUUUAGCUUUCAUCGAUCAACGACGCUUUCACCCACCACCUAGACCCACCUCUUUCUCUCUCUUCUUUGAACUUCGAAAAACACCUUUGUUUUUGUAAAUAAAUUUUGUACACUCUAUUUUUCUAUAAUUUAUUUUCCCCCCCUUUCUCUCUCUCUCUCCCCCUCUUGAACUAACAGCAGCAGAAGAAGUACUGUAUUUUGACUUACCAUCCACACACAGUCACACUUCACUGCGUGUUUUUUGUUUUUUUUUUGGUUGAGUGUAUCAGUUUUCUCUCUCACACACUCACACACUAAACACUUUCAAUUCCUUUCUUCAACACCACCUCCUCCACCAUUUUUACAAAAACAAAAACAUUUUUACCAAAACCAUUUCCCACCCUUUCUUUUUCUCACUUCCUCAGAGUAUUGUUUUAUUUCUGUAUUUAUAAACAGAGAGAUAUAGAAGAAGAAGAAGAAGAAGAAGAAGGAGUGUGAGGGGUGGGGGGAAGGAGGGAAAUGAAUCGAAUGUGAUAUGGGAGGUGGAUUUUCGCAGCUCUUCCCGUGUUUUAACCCGGCGGUGAACCGGGGCGAACCGGAGGUGAUUUUCACCGCCACCGAGCCCCUCGACGAGACCUUGGGCCAUUCCUUUUGUUACGUUCGCUCAUCCGCCCGCUUUGUUUCCCCGACUCACUCCGAUCGAUUUGUUUCCCCUUCUCAGUCUCUCCGGUUCGAUUCCGACCCGGUUCCCAAGCCCCGGCCUCCCGGCUCUGGCCUCCCCGAAACAACCGCCUUCCGGGCGAUUUCUGGUGCUUCCGUCAGUGCCAACACUUCUACUCCCCGCACCGUUCUUCAGCUCGACGGUAUUUACGACGACGAUGCCGCCGCCGCCGCCAAUGAGAUUGGUGGCGGUGCCAAUAGUAACGGUGCCGGCGGCUCUUCUCUAGGUUUUAGCUCCGGCGUCAAGGGGAGUAUUGUUAAUGGCUUCGAGAGUUCCUCGCUGUUUAGUGCCUUGCCUUUGCAGCCCGUGCCGCGUGGGGAAGCUGCUACUGGCGAAAGCUCUGGUCAAAUGGAACGGACUUUUUUUAUGUCUGGUCCGAUCGAGCGUGGCGCGCUCUCGGGGCCGCUGGAUGCCGCCGCGGGUUCCGAUGGGGGCGGUGGAGUUCCAUUCUCGGCGCCGUUAGGUGGUAUGUAUGUAAAAAAGAAGAGGAAGAAGAGCAUUUCUGGAUUUCGGAAGGCCUUCUACCGAAACUUCCCUGAGAAAAAGCGGCCCUGGGUCGUGCCCGUGCGAAACUUUGUUGGUGGACGGAAGGAUUCCGUCCCAAGUGGUUAUUCCGGCGAGACAGAGAUCCCGAGUGAGAGUAAUGUGCAGUGGGCUCUGGGGAAAGCAGGUGAGGAUCGGGUACAGGUGGUUAUAUCGGAGGAGCUUGGGUGGUUAUUCAUAGGGAUUUAUGACGGUUUUAAUGGUCCUGAUGCGCCUGAAUUUUUAAUGAGUAACUUGUACAAAGCAAUGUAUAAAGAAUUAGAGGGUUUAUUUUGGGUUAAUGAGGAGACUUGUAGUAGUAGUCAGGAAGUUAAUGCAAUUGCAGAAAAUGUAGUUGAUCUUGAGAGUAACAUCCCGUCAAAUUUGGAUAAGCCAGUGGAAGAGAGUACAUCUAGGGAGGAAGUUACAGAAAUAGAAGAAGAAAACGAGUCAAAUAGGGGAUCAGUUAAGAAGGUGACCUUUCAAUCCCAGGAAAUUCAAGUUAGGAGGAGGAGAUUAUGGGAAUUCCUCCAGGAAGCAGAGGCUGAAGAUGGUCUUGAUCUUUCAGGUUCCGAUAGAUUUGCUUUUUCAGUGGAUGAUGCAAUUAGCGUGAGCACCGCCGGGACAGCGGUGAGUAGAAGAUCAUUGUUGUUGUCAAAACUGAAGCAUGGGUUGGCAAUUAAGCAUAAGGAAAAUAGAAGUCUGUUUCCUUGGAAGUUUGGUUUGGCAGGUAAAGAGACAGAAGAAGUGGAAGUGGAGGAGAGCAGAGUGCCCGAACAGACAAGUAAUAGAAGUGGAAAAAUGAGGAAGGUAGGUCCAGUUGACCAUGACAUGGUGUUGAGUGCAAUGUCCAGGGCUCUUGAAGUGACUGAGCUUGCAUAUUUGAAUAUGACUGACAGAGUUCUUGACCGAUAUCCAGAGCUUGCACUGAUGGGUUCUUGUUUGUUGGUUGCAUUGAUGAGGGAUGAAGAUGUUUAUGUGAUGAAUGUCGGUGAUAGUCGUGCAAUUGUGGCUCAGUAUGAGCCUGUAGAAGGUUGUUCUAGUGCAGAAAUUAACGCUUCAAGUGACAGUGGGUCGAAUGUGCACGGGGUUAUAGUUGAAGAGUUAGCAGAUGCCACUGAAAAGGGAACAAAAGUGGCAGAUGAGGCUCCUUUUCAACCUAUGAAGUUGUCGGCGUUACAGUUGUCCACAGAUCAUAGCACUAGCAUUGAGGAAGAAAUCAUCAGAAUCAAGAAUGAACACCCUGAUGAUAGCAAUUGCAUUGUCAACGAUAGAGUUAAAGGUCGUUUAAAAGUUACCCGUGCAUUUGGGGCUGGUUUUCUCAAACAGCCUAAGCUGAAUGAUGCAUUGUUAGAAAUGUUCCGGAAUGACUACAUUGGCACUGCUCCUUACAUCUCCUGCUCGCCUUCUCUUCGUCACCAUAAGCUCUGUCCCAGAGAUCAGUUUUUGGUGCUCUCAUCUGAUGGCUUAUAUCAGUACUUGAGUAACCAGGAGGUAGUUUCCUUUGUUGAAAAUUUCAUGGAGAAGUUUCCCGAUGGAGACCCAGCUCAGCACCUGAUAGAAGAGCUUCUCCUGCGUGCAGCUAGAAAAGCUGGAAUGGACUUUCAUGAAUUGCUGGACAUCCCUCAAGGUGAUCGCAGGAAAUAUCACGAUGAUGUGACUGUAAUGAUUAUCUCACUUGAAGGAAGAAUUUGGAAGUCUUCUGGGAAGUAUCCUUGAGUCUGCUUAACUGUAACAUCUUUUGAUGAUGAUUAGUCUGUACAAAGUUGGGGUUGAAGCAUUGGUCUCUGGCAGUCUUUAUCAACUGAGGUUGGGAAAGUUAAAGAACUCAGCUCUCUUGGAUAUAAGUUCCGAUACUGGCUGGCAGUUGCAUCCUUAGGGUAAAAUAUCCAAAGUCGACCGUUGCAAGGUUCAUGCCAGGUUUAAAAAAUGGGGUCGGGAAAUGGUAUAGAAAUUUUUGUAGUUGGGACAGUGGAAAAGUGCGUAGGCAAACAAAGGAACUGCAUCGUUCUUUCUUUCUUUUCUUACUUUAUAAAAUUUUGCAUAGAUGCAGGAUUCUGAUUCAUUGUGUAUCUCCUCUUCCUCUGCUUUGCAUUUGUAGAGCCAAAAUCCGUGCUUUUACAUGUUUGGGGGUUUAGAAAGGUGCUAUUAGAUAUCCGCGAGAAUCUGUAAUUUUGAAGGUGGGCUUCCCUCCAUUGCGGCUUAUAUAAGAGGAAACAUUUACCAUAAUCUAUGUAAGAUUCUUUUUACAAUCCAGGAAGGUAUAAGGGUACGGUUCAUAGCAAAACUUUUUUUCAGCGAAUUACAGUAGUCCUACAACUAUAAUACUAUGAAACUGUAUGAUGGUUUAAAUUAUGCUGUUACUGCUUGAGGCUUCCCCUUAGAUUGCACCCAAGAAACUAUAUCUUCUCUAGAUGCCACAAAGAAACCAGCUUUCUCCUCGCUGGGUCGAAAAGGAGCAGCCAACUUCUCCACAUGCAAGCCGAAUGCGUUUGCCAAUCCUUGAGAGUACUUGUGAGUUCCUGUUCCAGUGUUUGCUGAGAGCAAUUCUGGCAAUUCUUCUUCGCGUCCGACAAUCUUGGUCAAGGUUUCCAUCCAUUCUUCUAAGGCUGUCUGAGUAGCGCCAACGGAUAGAGACCGGACAUUCAAUCGCCAUUCCUGCGCAGUCUUUGUAUGUAGACCUGGGUACAAUCCAUACAAUGUACCGAUGUAAAGAAGCUCAUGAGCUCUCUCGUUUAGUUCCCGUUUUCGACAAAUGUCAAUCAUGCAGUUACAGAAAGGCCUUCUGGUGUCCACAGCAGUGUUGUUGAGUAUGGUCUUGAACUCCUCUUUCACAACCUCAAAUUUAGUCUCUUUCUCUACCAAAAGCUUAAUGAAAGCUACCAAAUUUGGAUUGGCUCUGUGUAGACAGGCAAUCACUUUACUUGCAUCUUCUUCACCUUCACAGUUAGCCAACACAGACAAUAAGCACCCACAAAGCCUAUCAUCUGGUUUAAUGCCACUUUCAAUUGAACUUUCAAACACCCUAACCAAAUCAUCGAUUCUCUUCCCUUUUCCAAGGCAUUGAAGCAAACAAGUGCAUCCCAUGACAUUGAGCUCAACACCUUCCUCUUCCUUAAUCUCUUCAAACAACUUCAUCGCCUUAUUAACUUUACCCCCGCUUCCGUAUAUGUUUAGCAUUGCAGUGUAGCUCCAACUAUCCGGCUUACAACGUUCUGAUCCCUUCAUAUCUUGAAACAGUUGCUCAGCCUCUUCUUCCAACCCAAGAUCAGCACACAUACUCAACAACGAAUUGUACAAUAUGAAGUCCAUCGGCCAUCCAUUCGACUUCAUCCGUUCCCAAAGCUCCAACGCAUCUUUCGCCCAUCUCGCCUUCCCAUAAACCUUGAUUAACGAGGUCAGUGUCUUUUCAUCAGGGGUAACCCCUGAAUCCACCAUUUGCUCGAACAAACUCCUCGCUAAUCCGGGCUUCCCAGCCUUCCCCAUUGCCUCUAACAUGGUAUUGUAAACAACCAAAUUGGGCUGUACACCAAGUGACUUCAUUUCCUCAAGCACAUACUUUAUACCAUCAUAAUCUCCUGCUUCCCCAAACAUCUUACACAGCACAGAAAAAGCAACAGCAUCAGGCUUCCACCCGCUUGCUCUCCCUCUCUCAUACAAACUUAUAACCUCCUCAACUUUCCUGAGUUUCGCAUACACAUCAAGAACAGCAGAGUAUGUCACCUCAUCCGGCAUCACACCGGUAGCAUACAUCCUCUCAAACCACUCCAGAGCCUUAUCAAAAAGAUUACAUCUUUUCGCGCAGGAGAUAAUAGUGGAAUAAGUAAUGUUAUCGAGCUGAACCCCAUUUUCAAUCAUCUCAUUUGCAAGGUUCUCAAUAUGUUGAAAUUGCCUGCCAAACCUCAAAGACUUCAUGGUGACAUUGUAAAAGAUAGUCUCCAUGGGAAAAGUAUUCUGGGCCUUAACCCAAUUGAAGUAAAAAAGAGUCUUUUGCCAUGGUUUCAAACUGUUGAGCACCAAAAGGGUAUUUUCUUUAGUUGGGGAGUGAGGGAUCUCCUCAAGAACAGCUUGGAAAGCAGCCUCGUCAAAAGGGUCACAAUCAUUGAGCUUCUUGGCUAGGAGCUUGAGGUCUCUGAUUUGGGGAUUAUACGAAUAAGAAGACCGCUUCUGGCGUUGUAGAGAAAGCACAGAGGGCUUACGCUUGGUGGGGUUGACCCAAACGGACUUGGGUUUGGAUAAGAGCUGCUGGGAUGGAUUUGGUUGGUCGGAAAGAAUGGUGGUGGACAGCGGCUUGAGCUGCUCAGAUAAAGACGGUGUUUUCCGAGCCCGGAAUUCCGUCGCAUCAGAUGGAGGAGGCUUUGGGGGAGAUUUAGACGAACUGCAAAAAACGGUGAAUCUUCUGGGAUUGGAGGGUCUUAAUAGAGUAAUGAAAUAUGGUGGGUGAUGCUUGUCGGAAGGACAUGAAAUGCUGCAAUGGUGGUACUGGAAAUCUAUAACUGCAGAGAGUUUUGCAGCCAUGGCGGAGAAAGAAAGGGGCUUUUGGGGUUUUCAGUGAAAUAGUAUGAAUCAGUUCUUCAUGUUUUUGAGAUUCAUUGUAGAGAUAUUUUAGGAGACCUUAUCCAGCCAGAAUGACUGUAAAAAUGUAAAACUAAAUCGGAGGAGCCCUAAUUUUAGAAAUGGGGGUGAAAAUUUGAAAAUUCGGGAAAAAAAAAGACAAAAAAAAUGGGGUUAGAAGAUCCGCCGAAGCGGGUAGCCUUAACCGGAUGUGUGGUAACAGGUAAGACCCGAAGGUCGUUCCCGUCCCUGUCGGGGGAGAUGCCAACCAUCUCUCCUUUCUACGAACACAAUUUACAAGGUAAAAUUUGUCAUAUAUAAAGAGUGCUUUGUGUGCACACAGCAGCGAUGUGGGAUCGAUGAGGGUUUUUUUUGUGUUCUUU